GCGAAUCGACCAGUGGCCAGUACCAAUAUACGUUCCUAAGAUCUUCAUGGAGUUCCUCAGAAGAACUUGGAGAUUCUUAAGGGGAAUACAAUUCGUUUGCCUGUGAGACUGCAACCCACGCCUGAAGCAUGGUGAUUUUAGACAACCAUUUGAGGCAAAAGAAGAUCGAACAUUUUGUCUAAGGUCAGCUAAAGAGGCCAGUAAAGAAGUUUUUAUGAAGAAAGGAAACUCCCGUUACAGUUUUUUCGAACAGUUGAAUGCUAUAAGUAACGUUUGCUGAAAUAGUUUUCCUCGGACUGCGAUGACCUCUAGUAAAGACAUGAAGGCAGGAUCCGUGUUGCAGUCCAGCGGCGAGGAGAGGAGACGGGGUCCUUUGGACCAACUCCCACCCCCGGCAAACUCGAACAAACCUCUCACCCCCUUCAGUAUUGAGGAUAUUUUGAACAAACCGUCUGCGAAGAAAACCGUGGCAAGUCUAUGUCCACCCCGAGUCCUGGAGAAAGUGACCGGCUCGACUGCAGCUAGGAACGGUAUUACCACUCCCUCUUCACCGUUAUGCGCUUUGGAGGAACUAGCCAGCAAAACAUUUAAAGGUCUGGAAGUCAGCCUUAUACAAACAGCAGAAGGUCGAGAGCAUCUGAACGCAUUUGGACAACGACAGGCUUCCAAAAAGAGACGAAAGUCUCGCACCGCUUUUACCAACCACCAAAUCUACGAACUGGAGAAGCGCUUUUUGUACCAGAAAUACUUAUCACCAGCCGAUAGAGACCAGAUAGCCCAACAACUGGGUCUGACCAACGCUCAGGUCAUCACCUGGUUCCAGAACAGACGAGCGAAGCUCAAACGGGACUUGGAAGAGAUGAAGGCGGACGUGGAGUCCUUAAAGAAAAUCCCCCCGCAAACUCUGCAGAAACUGGUGACUAUGGAGGACAUUGACGAUCCCCAGAGUAGUUCUGGGGCCAUCUCUCCCAGCAUUUCCCCCUCUUCGCAAGGACACCGAGCCUUUCCUCAGUCCCCGUCUUCGUCCAGAGGCCAAACCACAGACGAAUUCUCAGAAGAGGAUGAAGAAAUCGAGGUGGACGAUUGAGUUUGGCCCGCAUUUUAAGCGAGGGCCUUUGUUUUUCCCCCACAACUUUUGCACGGACGUUUACUCCAUCGGAGAACUUGAAAAACGAAAAGGAAUUUUCUCUCUGUGCUUCAUAAUUUAUUAAAAGGAUGACAAAAGCUAAAAGGAUGUCGAACUUUCACCUUGAAGACAUUAUUUGAGGAAUACAUUUCUUUCGAUAGGAUGUGAAAGAUACUUAGUGGUUAUGG